AAAUUGAACUUUUCUAUGUUAUGCACUGCAGACGCCACAGUUCCUCGUUUUAGUAUUACUAUUUGAGAUUUUAACGAUAUUAUAAGAAAAUCAUCAAGAAUUUAAUAAAAAAUGUUCUUUGAAUGCAGCCUUUGCGAUAAAUUUUCAUUGGUUGCGGUCAAGUGUCGAGUAUGUCACUGUCAAAUAUAAAAUGUCAAUGAGAAUUCAGCUUGUUGACAGUACUCUCAAGUCAACAAUUCAACAUUGUAUGUCAAUGUAUUAAGGUGAACAGAUGUGUUGAAUCGCGCGGAAACAAAAUUUUCGUAUUUAUUUUCGAUAUUAAAUAAAGAAAUUUAUACUGGAAAGAUUAUACAUAAAAUAUCUUACUGUAACUUAGCAUCUGUGUCUUUGUUUUUGAAAAUUUCUUUAAAACAUUUUUAUAUUUUUGUGCGUAAUUUUAUUUGAAAGAUUGUAAACAAAGAAGCUGAAAACAAACAGAAUGUGGUCUCACUUAGAACGUGGAAGUUCACCCGUUGACUGGUGUGAAUCUAAUUAUUCUAUUUCGCCAGUUAUAGCUGAAUUCGUCAACACAAUUAGCAACAUCCUGUUCUUCUUGUUCCCCCCUGUGCUAAUUCACCUCUUCCAAGAGUACUCAAAGUUCUUCAACCCAGCUAUCAAUGUUCUAUGGGUUCUGCUGAUGGUGGUUGGUAUGAGCUCUGCCUACUUUCAUGCGACCUUGAGUUUAGUUGGUCAGUUAUUGGAUGAGUUGUCUAUACUGUGGGUAUUUAUAGCAGCAUUCGCUAUGUUCUUGCCAAAGAGACAUUUUCCAACAUUCUUAGGAGGCAACCGACGAAGACUCGCGAUUUGUUCUAGCGUCGCUUCAGUGCUGUGCACCGGUUUCUUAGUCAUGCAGCCGGCGGCUAACGCUUUCGCGUUAAUGACACUUGUCGUACCUGCCCUUGGGUUCCUCUACAAAGAAUUAAACCUGGUGGAGUGUGCGCGUGUGUAUCGACUCGGCAUACGCUGUGUCAUCGUCUCCUUGCUAGCAAUACUCUGCUGGACCAUUGACCGAAUGUUCUGCGACGCCUGGCAGUCCAUCGAUUUCCCGUACAUGCAUGGAGUAUGGCAUGUGCUUGCAUUCAUUGCCAGUUACACUGCUCUUGUUCUCUUUGCAUAUUUCAACGUUAAUGAAGAAAGGCCUGAACAGAAACCGCAGCUCAAGUACUGGCCCGUAAAUGAUUUUGAAUUAGGUGUUCCAUACGUAUCAAUUAAACAUCCAUGCAAAAAUGGCGACGAUUUAGCAAUUUAGUUAUGAUUGCGUCGAGUCCUGAAUAGGUAUUGUACGUAUGCAGAAUUAAUGAGGCUGAUUAACAGUGACUAAUUACCUUAUCAUGAUGAGAGAUACUCCCAUAAUUUAUCAGAUCUGAUAAGGAAAACAAAAGACAUGUAGAUCAUAGUCAAUUUGUGAGUUAAAGCGUUGUUUAAAUGAAGCCAAAAUGUAUUUUUAAUAAGUGGGUACUAAACCCGAUUACGAAAUUUAGCAAGUAUUUGGCUAAGGGUUGUAGAGUUUGAUACCUUUAUUACUUAUUACAUUUGGACUGAGGCGUUACGGUCUUAGCGUCUUUUGGCCAGAGAAUAUAUUUUCUGUUAACAUAUCC